CUGAAAAUGGUGUGUGUUUUGGGCUGUCCUGCUGCUGCUCGACCUUGCCUUGUUUUGAUUGGGUUUGCGCGAGGGAUGGGAGGGAUGGGUUGUGAGCGGGGCUGAGGAAUGAGGGAGAGUGGAGUGGAAUCGGUCCACACAUGUACACUGUGUAUGUGUAUAUGUGUAUGUGUAUAUGUGUCUGUGUAUGUGUGUGUGUAUGUGCAUAUGUGCUCUUUCUGCGCUUGUCGCUGGCCGUGAUCGCUGAUGGACUUGCAUGACCCAUGCUUCCCAAAUACGCUCGCUUCCCAUACGCGCUCGCUUGUCGAACACGCUCGCUUCCCAUGCACGCUCGCUUGUAGAACACGCUCACCCGUUUCUGUUGUGUUAAUUUGCACAUGGACCUUUUGGCAGCCUGUGAAGAAAAAGAAGGGAGGCAAGAAGAAGAAGAAGAAGGGGCUGAAGAAGAGCAAUAAGGUUGCGCCAGCGGAAGCCACCUUCGUCACCGAUGAGGACGUCUGGGAGAGUCACAACGUGCAGGACUUCCUGCACCGCAAAGGGUUCUUUUGGCCUUUCGGAGGCAAGAAGAAGAAAGGGGGCGGAAAGAAGAAGAAGAAGAAGGGCGGAAAGAAGAAAAAGAAGUAGUGGCAGCAGCAGCAGCAGCAGCAGCUACAUGGAGCCGCCAUGUCCCUCCUGUCCUGUUUAGGGCCCUUCCCCCGUUAGCCAAGACCCUCCUUAGCCUCCCUCAGUGUGUAUGUGUAGGUGCGUGAGUGCGUGUGUGUAUUGUGGGUGUGCCUGUGUGCAUCUUAGUGCCUUCGUGUGUGAGGGCUUGUUAAAGUGAGCGAGAGAGAGUGUGUGUGUGUGUGCGCGUGUGCAUUCUCUGUGUGAAUGUAUGUAUGUAUGCGUGGUAGCCACGUCAUAACUUUGCAUGGGCUUCACUCGUCAUCGUUCGUUGGGCGGGGCUGUAUGAAUGCCAUCUCUGUCAGCUGUACAAGAGACGUAGCAGUGAAUAAAUGAGUACACAAGAAACAC